AUGUCUUUCCAUUUGGAUCGAACAUACGGACUGAAAGCCGAUUAUUGGUAUCAUCCAGAGGUUUGUUUUGUCCUUUUCUCAUCAGAAAAUAUCCAAAUUCUCAGACGGACUUGUCGGAGACCGCUCAGAAACUGUUUUUCAAGUCGCUGCCAGACAAUGAGACGCAGGAUUUCCUCGACCGCUCCAACAACAUUGCUACCAAUUACUUCUGGCAGGUUGGUACACUCAAUUUCUACCGGAAAUAGACAAUUUCUGCCGUUUCAGACUAUCCGCAAUUUGGGAGUAAUGCUGCUCUCCACUAUCUACUCAAAAACCGACAUCAACGGAAUGACUGGCUUCGGAAACAUGUUCUUGUUCAGCGAACAGCAACUUGCCAAGUUUCUGAACAUUGAGCAGGGCACUUGGUCUCCAGUUGACAAGAAAGUUCUCGAUUUGGGUGCCGGAAAUGGAGAUAUCACCGAGCACAUGCGUCCAUUCUUCCAAGAUGUGUAUGCGACGGAAUUGUCGUCGGUUGGUGCCCGAAAGUUGUUAUCCUUUUCAAUAAUCGAUUCAGAAAAUGAGAAAACGGCUCAGCUCCAAGGGAUUUGCACUUGUUGAUGCCGUCGAAUGGGCGAACACUGAUGUAAAGUUCGAUCUGAUCACCGCAUUCAACCUUCUCGACAGGUAGAGUUAGAAAAGUCCAAAACACAUCAGAUUAGGACCUUAGAAAGUGUCUGUGAGCAAUCUUUGACUAGGUGUUUUGAAAAACCAACUCACCGUUUCAAUUUCACACUUUUCAGACAUUACUCUCCGUCGAAGCUUCUCCAGGACCUCUGGAAUGUGGCGCACCGCUCCAACUGCAACGUGAUUGUCUCGCUCGUGCUUCCGGUCAGUCAUUACGUCGAGUUUAACCCGAAUGGAACCAGCACUCGUCCAGGUGAGCGAUUUCGUCCGUCAGUUGGGUAAUCGAGAUAAUAUGGUUCAGAAAACUUCCUGAAUGUUCAAGGACGCUUGUACGCCGACCACGUUCAUCAGAUGAUCAUCAAUGUUUUCACGCCGGCUAAUUUCGAAGUGGUCAGAUGGACCAGAUUGCCGUACCUCUGCGAGGGUGACAUGAGAUACGUAAGUACAUGAAAUUUAAAGGAAAGUAAUUUUUUUCUCAUGUAUUGCAGCCUGCCUACUACCUUCCGGACGCAGUCUUCCUCCUGAAACCCGUGGAGCCUAAACCGACCACCGUCACUCCAAAAGCGACAGAAGAGAAAACUACUUCUCCACAAACUGCUUCCGCACCCACUCAUUCUGAUCUUUAG